CUCAAACCAGGAUACAUUAAACGUGAGGUUCGCUCUUGCGUCGACGCUCACAGGUCGGGUCGGCUUGAAGACCAGGGGUCCGAGGUGCCUUCGGGCAUCUUUUGCUUUAGCUCAGCGACUGUGGCCAUGGCGCAGGCGCUCAAGGUCGGGCGCUACUUGAGUGCUAACCCGUCGGCCACGAUCGAGGACCUCGCACGCUUCGUGCUCACGGACGACAAGCUGCCAACGGAGACGGUCAUGAACUGGGUGGCCUUCUUCAUCAAGCCGUCCACCGAGCUCGUCGACGUUGGCGACAUGUGCGAGACUCUCGGUCUUGACAGCGGCGCGUCUGCCCACUCGCUCCGGGUCAAGCGCAACCUGUGGAUGCUCAACGACGACCAAGUCACGGUCGUAUCCGUGGACUCCAAGACCACGUACCGUGUCGCCGCGUCCGCGAUGUGCGAGGUCAUCAGCAAGCUGUCCGGUGCCGGCGAGGCUCGUCGCAUCUUGGCGCUGCUGCAAGAAGCGCGGCGAGCGUACCGGACACGCCUCGAGAAGGCUGGCGAACCCAAGGCGAAGAAGAUCAAGACGCAUCACAUGCCCGUGGCGGCGCCAUCUCGCACAACCUCGACGCCAGCGCGUCAGCCUCGACCCGCAGCGCCGGUGACGCCCGCACCGGCGACAGUGCAGCAUGAAGGCGCGCCAAGACGGUCUACGCGGCGCUUUGUGACGUUCAUGUACGCCUCGCCGUCCCUCGUCAUGGCGCCCAAAGGCGGCCUCGUCCUAUGCAGUCAUGCGGAUGUCGAGGCCGAGAACGAAGCCGUCGUGAAAGGCUUGGCCGUCGCCUCUUACGCCGAGCACGGCGAACAAUCGUACCAGCACUCGACGACCGCCCCUGUCGCUGUGCGCCCGCUCGUGGCGACGCGGUCCAACCUUCAGCAAGUCGAGCUCGAGGGCUGCUCGGUGCUCCACUUUGCCGGGCACGGGAUCAAGGAAGGCGCCCUGCUUUUCGAAAACCACAAGAUGGCGGGCGAUCUUGUCCAUGCUCAAGAGGUCGUCAAGUACUUCAAGACCGACAAGCCUCGACUCGUCAUCCUGCUGGCGUGCCACUCGACGACGAUGUACGUUCAUUUGCACAUCUAUGACUGAAACUAUUGCAGGUUCUAGCUCCGGCGUUUCUG